GUAACAGGUGCCCCAGUGAUAGUAACAUUACCUCAGAAUAGAUGGGGACCAGACCCACAAACAGUCUACUGUCCUUACUGUAAUGCUCAUAUUACUACAUUGACACAAUAUGAAUCAGGGGCCUUAACUUGGUUAAGUUCUGGUUUAUUAUGUUUAUUUGGGCUAUGGUUUGGGUGUUGUUUGAUUCCAUUCUGUGUAGACAGUUUAAAAGAUGUGAAACAUAAAUGUAGAAACUGUCAGAGACUGGUAGGAAUCUACAGAAGACUUGAUUGA